ACUAUGAUUAACAGACAAAGUAAGCUAAGCUAAGUUAAGAUAGGGAAAGACAUUAAUGGAAGAUAUCCUUUUCUUUCCUUCAAGAAGGAAACUUCAAAUCGAUAAGCUACUCUUCCACAUCUCCCUCUCUCCCACCCUAUCCGCCCAUUAAAGUUUCUUCUGCUAUUUAAAGCCUCCACUAAAAAGCUUCCAUUUUUUGUCUUUUACAUCCAAGAAAAGAGGGAACUGCAAAAGAGGGGCAGGAGAGAGAGAGAGAGAAUAAAUGUGGCAGACUCAGACCCACAAAUCUUCCUUCAGAGAAUCACUCAACGCCCUUGAAGCUGAUAUUCAGCAUGCCAAUAGCUUGGCAGGCGGUGUAGCAUGGGAUUUAAGUGGGCAUUGUGUUCAGAUGAAGGUCUCUUACAGCCCUCUCGCCCCUUUCUUGCUAUUCCUGAUUGAAUGGAUGGACUAUAGUUGUUUAGAUUCCCUGCCCACCAGUUUAGGCCUCCUUCACAUACUUGUAUACAAAGUCUAUGUUGAUGAAAUGCCAACCAUGUCUCCCCAAGAAAGAAAAGCCACCCUAAGAGAUUUUUAUGCUGUAAUAUAUCCUUCACUGAAGCAACUGGAAGGCAACUUAGCGGGGGACAGAAGCCGAUGCUCUGGCAAUUUAAGCAGAGUAGUGGACGAGGGAGAAGAUGAUGAAUGCGGUAUAUGCAUGGAGAGCGGUGCCAAUAUGGUUUUGCCUAAUUGCGCUCAUUCCAUGUGCAUCAACUGCUUCCAUCAUUGGUAUGUAAGUUGUGAAUAAGUAAAUAGGCCCUGCCUGGGAAAUAGAUUGUGAGAGGAGGUAAAUCGCAAGAUGUGUUUGCUUUUUUUCCCCUCCCUCGUUGAGGAUUCUUGAGGGAGGAUGUUAUAAUUGCAUGUCAGGUACAUCCGAUCUCAAU